AUCUAUGAUAUUCAGACUGGCAACAAGCUAUUGACUCUGUUUAACCCAGAUCUUGCCAACAACUACAAGAAGAACUGUGCCACCUUUAACCCUACUGAUGACCUUGUCCUAAAUGAUGGUGUCCUCUGGGAUGUCAGAUCAGCACAAGCCAUCCACAAAUUUGAUAAAUUCAACAUGACCAUCAGUGGUGUUUUCCAUCCCAAUGGGCUAGAGGUCAUAGUCAACACAGAGAUUUGGGACCUCAGAACUUUCCAUUUGUUACACACAGUACCUGCACUGGAUCAGUGUCGUGUGGUCUUUAACUAUACUGGCACAGUUAUGUAUGGAGCUAUGUUGCAGGCAGAUGAUGAAGAUGACCUUCUGGAGGAGAGAAUGAGAAGUCCCUUUGGCUCUUCUUUCAGGACAUUUAAUGCAACUGAUUAUAAACCUAUAGCUACCAUAGAUGUAAAGCGGAAUAUCUUUGACUUGUGCACAGACAGCAAGGACUGCUAUCUGGCUGUCAUUGAGAAUCAAGGGAGCAUGGAUGCCAUGAACAUGGAUACAGUUUGCAGACUGUAUGAAGUGGGCAGGCAACGUUUGGCAGAAGAUGAAGAGGAUGAAGAAGAAGAUCAGGAGGAAGAAGAGCAAGAGGAAGAAGAUGAUGAUGAAGAUGAUGAUGAUACAGAUGAUCUUGAUGAACUAGAUACGGACCAGCUGCUGGACGCUGAGCUAGAGGAGGAUGAGAACAAUGAGAAUGCUGGUGAGGAUGGAGAAAAUGAUUUUUCUCCCUCCGAUGAUGAAGAGCUUGCAAACCUCCUGGAAGAGGGAGAUGAGGGUGAAGAUGAAGAUUCUGAUGCUGAUGAGGAAGUUGAGCUGAUUCUUGGAGAUACCGACAGCUCGGAUAACUCUGACUUGGAGGAUGACAUAAUCCUGUCUCUGAAUGAGUGAGGAGUGACUGCCAGGCGGGGUGUCAACAGCAGAAGACCGGAGGCCAAAUUGGAAACUGAUUCGGAGCACCCCAACCCUUUUUCUCCUGGGAAAACCUGAGGAACU